AACGACAAACGUAAAAUGCAUUUGGCUAUUGGGAGUUCAGUUUUGUUUUAAAUGUCGCGCUCUGCAGUCGGGAAUUAAAUUAUACGUCGCUUUACCGAUUCAGGCGAAGUAGUUACAACUGACGACAACAAAUCGGAAAGCAAAACAAAACAAAAUAUCGAUUUUUUGUUGUUGCUCAUGCUAAAAUCAACAUUGAGAUAAACGGGCUGUGCAAUAAAAAUACUUUUUAGCCAAAGUAUUUUAUUAUUAUCGAAUUAAGCGAAUUCCACGGUACAACGUGAUGUCAACUAAGCAAAAUCCGGUGACUACACAAAUUCCGGAGCCACCAACCGAGGGUACAUCUCUGUCGCUGGACACACGUCUCUCCCGACACGUGGAGAGUGUCAUACCUAAAAAGCGUGAGGAGGCUCUCAAGUGGUACGGUUGGGGAUACAACGAUUCCCAGUUCUAUGGACAAGACGGCAUCAUCUGCUUCAAAGGCGAAAAAUACCCGCUGGGAGGUAGUGAGUUGCCCACUUUCACGAAAUGGGUGCAAAACAAAUUCGAUCUGACCGUCGAUCCCACCAAGGCGUACCCACAGUUGCCGAAGACAUACCCGAUGCCCGUGCAGAAUGGACCCUUCCUGAACGAGCUGCGUGGCAGCACGAAAGUGGAGCACUCCCAGGAGGGUGUGGAUCGUCUGGUGCGUUGUCAUGGCCAGACACUGCACGAUAUUUACAGUCUGUGGCACAACAAGUUCCGACGCAUACCGGAUGUGGUGGUGUGGCCGCGCUGUCAUGACGAGGUGGUGCAGCUGGUCACAUUGGCGCACAAGCACAAUGUAAUGCUGUUGCCCUACGGAGGCGGCACAAGUGUCUCGGGAGCCAUCACUUGUCCGCAGGAGGAGGAGCGCAUGAUUUGCGUGUUGGACACAUCACAAAUGAAUCGCAUGCUGUGGCUCAAUCGGGAGAAUCUCACCGUUUGCUUUGAGUCGGGCGUUGUGGGUCAGGAUCUGGAGCGCGUGCUACGCGAACAGGGUCUGACGGUGGGUCAUGAGCCGGACUCGUAUGAGUUUAGCACACUGGGCGGCUGGGUGGCCACUCGUGCCUCCGGCAUGAAGAAGAACAUCUAUGGCAACAUCGAGGAUCUGGUGGUGCGUGUACGCAUGGUCACACCCAAGGGCACACUCGAGCGGGAAUGCAGUGCACCGCGAGUGAGCUGUGGCCCAGACUUCAAUCACAUCAUACUCGGCUCCGAGGGCACACUGGGUGUCAUCACCGAGGUGGUAUUGAAGGUGCGUCCCCUGCCGCCGGUGCAGCGUUAUGGCUCCCUGGUAUUCCCUGACUUUGAGCAGGGUGUCCAGUUUAUGCGUGAGGUGGCCAGACGUCGUUGCCAGCCCGCAUCCGUGCGCCUGAUGGACAACGAACAAUUCAUCUUCGGUCAAGCACUUAAGCCCGAGAAGAGCUGGCUGGCCAGCUGCUUGGAUGCGGUGAAGCAGCGCUAUGUAACCAGCUGGAAGGGCAUUGAUCUGGCGCACAUCUGUGCCGCCACGCUGCUCUUCGAGGGUGACCUGAAAGAUGUGCAGCGCCAGGAAGCGGUCAUCAAUGAGAUCGCUGCACGCUACAAAGGAUUUCCGGCAGGUGGACAGAAUGGCGAGCGUGGUUAUGUAUUCACCUUUGUCAUCGCCUACAUUAGGGACUUUGCAAUGCAUCAAGGCAUUGUGGCCGAAUCCUUUGAGACAUCUGUGCCUUGGGAUCGUUGCAGUUUGCUGUGUCGCUGUGUUAAGCAACGGGUUGUUUCGGAGUGUUACAAGCAUAAAAUUUCGCACUACACAAUUUCUUGCCGCGUGACACAGACCUACGAUGCGGGAGCAUGCAUUUAUUUUUACUUUGGUUUCCGUUCGUUGAGCAUACCCGAUCCGGUUGCGGUAUUUGAGGCCAUCGAGCAUAGUGCACGUGAGGAGAUCCUCGCCUGCGGUGGCUCCCUGUCCCAUCAUCAUGGCGUGGGCAAAAUACGCAGUCAUUGGUACCGCAAUGCAGUCACCGAGACAGGAACGUCACUUUACUCAGCCACCAAACGGCAUCUGGAUCCCCGCAACAUCUUUGCAGCGGGUAAUCUCUUGCCCCAAAUGGAGCAGCUGCAGCUCUGUGAAAAGGAGAAGCUAGAGAAACCAACAGCAACAGCAGCCGCAACGAAAGCCAAACUCUAGAUCAUCUUUAUCUAGAUAUAAUUUUAAAGAAAUCCUAGUCUAAAUCUAAUAACUUCAAUUAAUUAAUUUCUAGCUGCUUUGGCCUCUUGUUUUCAGUUUGCAUUUUUCAUAGGGCUCAAUUUUUGUAUGGGUUUUACCUUAUUGAUAAAUAAAAGGUAAAUUUGCAAAACGAA